AUCAGUGCUAUACAUGCUAGAGCUCGUCGCAAGAUCAGUACAACGACACGAUCAUCUACCUAUAAUCCAGUACACCCCAAGCGCCCAUCUGUCUCGCCCCGAUCAACCACCGAGUCCUGUGUAGCUACAGUCGCCAGCAUUACUACAUACAUAACUUAUCAACUACUUGUUACUGUCCCCUCCUCAUAGCUAAUCCAGCACGAAACGUCACUUCACGGGUUAGGGUUGACUACUCUGUACUAGUACCUCGGUGAACAACACCAAAGUCCAAUCCAUCGAUCCCGUCGUCCCGUCACCCCGUCACCCUGCCAUCCAGAACCUCCCCAAAAUGGAGUCCCCCGACCCCACCUCCGCGUCGACUUCCAAAUACCCCCCCACCGUCCUCACCAUCGGCGGUCUCAGCACCACAAUCCACGGCCUCAAUGCUCUUCCGCCCGCGACCCAAACAUGCACUCUAACCGCAGUGCACCUCCUCCACCCACGCCUCCAAACCUCAUCCUACAUGACUCCGCUCGCAUGCAGCAUCCUUGACGCCGCCAUCUCCCCCACCAUCUGCAUCAGCUUCGACCAGCGAAACCACGGCACGCGCUCCAUCGACCCCAUCCGCAACGAAGCCUGGCGCCAGGGAAACGACACGCACGCCAUCGACCUGCUAGCCAGCUACGCCGGCACGGCGCGGGAUCUUGCGGGCGUGAUCGACUUCCUCUCGGCGUAUCUGGGCAGAAAGGUGGAGCGACACAUCGUCGCUGGCGUGUCGCUUGGUGGCCAUGCUGCGUGGAUCGCAGUUACGCAGGACCCGAGGAUCGAGGCGGCGGGGGUGAUUAUUGGGUGCGCCGACUACUGCGCGUUGAUGCGGCAUCGCGCUGAGAAGAGCCGCCUGAAUGCCUUUUCGAUCGGUGCGUGCGCGGCAUUCCCAGAGGGUCUGCUCGAUACGGCGAAGAGGCUCGAUCCCGCGGCGAUGGGGGUAAAGGAGGUUGCGAGACGACUGCAGGGGAAGAGGGUGCUGUGUUUGAGUGGGGGUGCGGAUAAGUUGGUUCCUUAUGACUGUAAUCGUGGGUUCUUAGAGGAGUUGAAGGGGGCCCAGGGAGUGGAGAUUGUGGAUAAAGUGUAUGAGGGCGUGGGGCAUGAGUGUACGCCGGCUAUGAUCGAGGACUUGGCGCAGUGGGUGAGGGAGGUCGUGGAGAAAUGGAAUGGAAGGAUCGAAGUGGGAAAGCUGUAGGAUAUCGUGAGGGGGUAUUACGGCAUUAGGGGAUAGCGUUGUCGGAGUUCAGGCGAGCCGACGGACGUUUAUAGCUCACUCAUAGA